UAUGUACAAGAUGUUUCAUCAGUGUUUCGUGUGUAUUUUUCUUAUAUCUGAUUGUAUUGCAAUCAAGACAAUAAUGAGAACAAAAACAGGUAUAAUUGAAGGAUUUACUCAAUCUGUUUUAAAUAAGGAAGUCAAAACAUUCUUAGGCAUACCCUUUGCUGAACCACCGACUGGUGACCUACGUUUUCAGGAGCCGUUACCAGUAGAUAAAUGGCUAAACAUAAAACAAACGAAAGCUUUCCAAAAAGCAUGUUCACAACCUGCAGCAUUCGGCACGGCUGUUCCUGUUGAAAACCAAAGCGAAGAUUGCUUGUAUUUGAACGCCUGGGUGCCCCAUGGAGGAUGUAAAAAGAAACAUGCCAUGAUUUGGAUAUAUUUUGGAGGUUUUAUUGUCGGUGAUAUCCAACGAUUUGACGGCAAGGUUCUCGCUGCGUCUGCAGACGUAAUUGUUUUUACAUUAAGUUACAGAACUGGACCGUUGGGAUUUCUAUAUUUAAACGACACCGCGGCACCAGGUAAUAUGGGAUUAAUGGACCAAGGGCUUGCAAUAGAAUGGAUAUAUAAUAAUAUUAAAAGAUUUGGAGGAAACAGGAACAAAAUAACUUUAUUUGGGCAAAGUGCUGGUGCGGCAAGUAUAAACUACCAUAUGUUUUCUAGCGUUACACAACAAUACUUUCAGAAAGCAAUCAUUAUGAGUGCUGCAGCUGAUUCUAGUUUCGCUUAUCAUUCACCAGACGUUGCACUAGACACCGGUGUGGCAUUUGCCACACAAGUUGGGUGUAAGGAGUCAACAGUAGAGGGCACUUUGCAGUGUUUACGGUCCCUAAAUGCAUCCACGUUAUCAGCAUUACAAUUACCACCAAACCCAAAACCUCCGGUGUUUUUUAGAUCACAUUUACCAACAGUAGAUGCACUCUCAUUUGUUUCUAAGCCACCAGCUGAACUUUUGAAAGACCCCUUUAGUAUACGUCCUAUUCCACUUUUAGUCGGGGUUCUUAAGAAUGAGUUGUCGUUCUUUAUAACAUAUUUUGUUGGUGUGUUAAAGAUACCUAUAAACGUACUAGAUGGAAUUAUCACCAAAGAAGAGUUUUUCGAUUUAAUUCCUCUUUCCAUAGACGCAAGUAACGAAACCUUGAAUGCCAUAGCUAACUAUUAUCUUGCUCCUUAUAUGCCUGGAGAACCACCAUCAUACAUUGAUGUUCUUAAUGACAUAGGUUCAGAUCUUAGCUUCCGAUGUCCAGUUAUAGAUAUCGCUAAGACAUUUACCGAUAUGUAUAGACGAAAUCCAGUUUAUAUGUACCUUUUCGAGCAUAGAUCUACAAAAAGUCCAACUCCGCCGUGGUUUGGUGCUUUCCAUACAUCUGAAAUUAGUUACGUGUUCGGUGACCCGCUGAUAGACGACGUCAGGUUUACUGAAUCGGACAAGGUUGUCAGUAAAAGAAUGAUGAGUUACUGGACCAAUUUUGCUAAAACUGGGAAUCCCAAUUUCAAGGAUGAUAAGUGUACCUGUAAUGACUGGAAUUUAUAUAACAAUUACGACCGGAAAUAUUUAAUUAUCGAUAGCGACUGCCCACAAGAUGGUGAAGCACUACGGGAAUUACAGUGUGCUUUUCUAAAGAAAGUGACAGUUAACGAUUAAAGAAAAGAGUAAAGUAUUUGAAAGUUGCGACCCUCAGUCGAGGAUUUGAAUGAAGUUUUGUAACAUUUAGUCAUAUGUCAAUGUAUUUGAUAUUCAUAGAAUGUUCAAAUAAAAACAUGU